GGAGGAGCAGGAGGUCGGGUGGCUGGAUGCGAUAUGCCAGGAGCUGAUCAACUAUGGUGACGCGCUGGGCGAGGUUCCCGAGGCGCUGGCGGUGCUGGUGGAGGCGCUGAGCCUGCCGGUGCUGGACGACGACACCGUGCUGGAGCACCUGCUGGACCUGAGGAAGAUGGUGGCCUCCGACGAGGUGAUGCACGAGCUGGAGGAGGAGGUGUGCAUGCGCCGGGACAGCAACCCGCCGGCCCCCCGACCGCGAUACUACGAGCCCUCCGUCAUCCAACACGACCUCAAGUACAUGUUGGCACGCGGGUUCAAGCUGCCCGAGCCGCCCGCGCCGCCGCCGAGGGCUGGCGCAGGAGGUGCCGUACAGGGCGGCAGCGCCGCAGCUUCUGCCGUACAGAAUGGCGGUCGCGGAGGAGGAGGUCGUGGUCGUGGGGGCCGUGGAGGACGUGGCGGACCCAUGGGUCGUAGCGGCGUUGGUCGUGGCGGAGGUCGUGGCGCCGCUGCGAUGACGAAUGCGGCGGCGGCGAAUGUGGCAGACAUUGCCGGUACCGCAGCGGCGUUUGACGCCUCGUUCUUUGCGGAAGGUCUGCAUGAUCCCACUGCGCCGGUUGCAAAUAGCAGUGGCGGCGGCGGCGCCGCUUCCUCCGCCCCCGCCGCCGCCGACGGCACUGACGCCUGGGCCGUGUGCGAGGACCCAUGGGCCACAGCCACGGCGGUUGAUGGCUGGGCGGAGGGCCCUGCAGGCAGCAGCAACAACAAUACCGCCGCUGCACCACCACCUGCACCACCACCUGCAGCAGCAGCCGUAGCGCCUCCUCCAAUGCAGGUUCACACGGCGGGUCAGGCGGCGGGUCAGAUGCUGCUGCAAUCCCUGCAGCGACCUGCCAACCUACCAGCAGCAGCAGCACCGCCACCAGCAGCCGCGGCGCCCUCCGCUCCGCCUCCCAACGUCCCAGCACCCGCCCCCGCCCCCCUCGUGGCCUCGCAGCCCCUCAUCCCACCCAAGCCGCUGGUGCCGCCCCAGCCGGGGCUGGCGGCGCGGGCCCUGCCGCAGCACCCGCUGCUGCCGCCGGCCCUGGCUGCCAACCCCAGCCUGGCAGCUGCACGGGCGCUGGCGCAUGCAGCCAGACAGGGGGUGCAGCAGCAGCAGGGGCAGGGGCAGCAGCCCGGGGUACAGUCUCAGCCCUUUCAGCAGGCUGGGGAGGCACCGCAGCUGGCGCAGCAGCAGCCGCUGGUGCCGCCGCAACCCCACGUCAUGGCCGCCCCGUACGCCCAGCAGCAGCAGCAGCCCCAGCAGCCCCAGCAGCUGCCAGGUCAGCAGCAACACAUCCCGUACCCGCCCCUCCCAGGAGGGUACUCCGCUCCCUCGUCGGUGCAACCCGGUGUGGUGGUGGGAGCAAACGGCAGCGCUGCUGCCGUACCGGCGGCACCGGGCCCAGCUGGGAUGCCGUACAUGGUGCCCCCAGGGGGUGCCGCCGCGUCAGCACCUGGAGCAGCGCAGCCGCGGCCGUACCCACUGGCGCUGUUCAACCCCGCACUUGCCGUACUGAACAAUACGGCGGGCAUCGCGGCCUUCGCGCCGCGGGGCCCGCACCCCAUGAUGCCGCAGCGACCCGUGGUUCCGGUAGCCGUUACACAGGUAGCGCCGCAGCAGCAGUCGAUGACGACGGCAGCGCCCGUUCCGCCGCCGCCGUCAGCCUCAUUGGCGGCGGCAGCGACGGCGCCGCGACCCAUGGGUCAGGUCACACCAUCCAGUUCCGCAGCUGCGAUGGCUGCAGCAGCAGCUGCUGCGGCAGCGGCUGCCCGGCGAGUGGUGGCGACCACUCCCGCCGCCGCCGUUCCCCGACCCCAGGCUCCCCAAGUCCAAGCCGCACCCCCGCCGCCAGCACCGACGCAGGUACGGCAACCGGCGGCUGCACCGCCUCCGCCUGCCGCUGCCGCGCCGCGCUCCGCCGCUCCCUCGACCGGCUCCUGGCAGUGUCAGAUCUGCACGUACGAGCAUCGGGGUUCGGAGGCGCAGUUCCUGGCGUGUGCCAUCUGCGGCUGCGAGCGAGGCAUGGAGCAGUUGCCGUCGUAGGGGCGCUGCUGCGGGCUCAACAGGACAGCAGCAGGGGGCAGGCGGCUUUCACCGUAGCAAUAGCCAACAGGGGGCAGGCUGGGUCGUUUAGCAGGGCGGAUAGUCAUGUCACCCCUGUCAAGGGGGCAGGGGUGAGAAUAACGUAACCCGAGGCGAGGUUGGGCCGGCAUGGCGAGGUGGAGGAAAGGGGGGUUGUGGGUUGCAGUGAGGUUGAGCAGGGGGCAGCUUGAAUGUGCGGGGACGCAUGCAGAAUGAUGCGUUCGGCUGGCUGCUAGGUGGGUCGGCUUUUGGGUUUUGGGUGUGUUAAGAAAACUGGCCGCGAGGAGGAACGUACUGGACUGCGGGCGGGUCUUAGUGGGUGAAUGACCGCCAGGCGUUGUAGCGGCUGGCUGAGGUGGGAGGAGACAUGCGCACGUGCCGGUUUAUCAGUGAACUGAACUGAACGCCUGUGUUGGAAGCCCCUUGUUGUGCGCGUCUUCACCAUUAGGUGUGUGUUGAUGAUUAGCGGUUUAGCUGAGGCAUGGGAUGGAAUGGAUGAAGAUUUUUGGGACUUGUAGGUGGUGUUACGGAAUAGGCUGUGACCGGUACAGUCCGCAGACGGUUAGGGGAUUCGGAGGUUGUAUCGUCAGGGCCUUAGCCCCCCCCCCAUGUCCAUGGUAUGGUAUGGUCUUUGACCCCCUAUGUUUCAAGGCUGGGAAGGAGGUGGAAGACGCAGCGUUUGCACCGAUAGGUGUUGCUACAAGUGCCCUACACAUGCGACUUAUGUAUGCCUUGUGGCUAGGAGGUUAGCUACCGCCGAGCAGCACUAUGGUUUAGAGCAGAAGUGGUCGUUUCUGUUUGAGAUUACUUUUCAUUACCUUUCGUUUUGAGAUCCUAGCUUUUGUAGGGGGCCAAAGUGGACCAUGCUAGGAGAGUAAGCUGUCAUAGGGUUUCCCAUGCCGGGAUGGAAGCGGUCGGGAUUAAGGGUUUAAGAACCUUAACGAUACCGGGCCGUGGGCUUCCGUCUAAUCGGUUGCCCAUAGGUACGAGCUGCAAGGGAACGGGCGACUUCCCUGGUGGCCUGCCUCCUAUGUCACAUAGGCUAUGUG